GCGCUCUUCAAUUUCCCCGAAAGAAAUGCGCUCCCUCUGUCUUUCCUUUCUUCCUCCCCCCUUCAUUAAUUUUCAGUGAAUCAGAAUCCCCUUUCCAGUACAAACAUGGCCUAAUUGGACUUGAGGAAGAAAGAUAAUAAUUUCAUUUCAUAUGUUUAUUCUUGAAAUUAGAUUUUUUUUUUUUGGCACUGUGUAGCUGUGUAUGUAUUGAUCACAUAAACUACAUUAUAUAAAUUCUCGAGAUCCCCAUAAGUCGGUAUUCCGUUCAAUUCCUCAUAAUUGGAGCCUUGAUCCGCAUCCGCAUCUUGCAACUGAGAAGAUCUUUAAAGUGAGACCUCAAUUUAACAGAUCCCACGGGUGGUAUAGUUUCACUGUACAUCAGGAUAUUUUGUUGAACUUGUUAAUUGAGAGGUUUCUAAGCAAGAAUGGGACUUUGUUUAGCCAAGCAUAAGAGAGAUGGAGAUGAUUCCGAUCAUAACUUUGAAUUUACGGGUGGAAAUGUGCAGCUCAUCACAACUGAGGAAAGUUGGGAACAAAAGAUCUCAGAAGCAAAGAGAGAUGGCAGGAUUGUGAUUGCAAAUUUUAGCGCUACAUGGUGUGGUCCCUGUAGAAUGAUUGCACCCUUUUACAGCGAGCUGUCUGAGAAACAUCCUUCACUAAUGUUUCUAGUAAUUGAUGUUGACGAGCUAAUUGAUUUCAGUACAACAUGGGACAUCAAAGCAACUCCAACGUUCUUCUUCCUUAGAGAUGGCCAGCAAUUCGACAAACUAGUGGGAGCCAACAAGCCAGAACUGCAAAAGAAGAUAACGGCUCUAUUAAAUCCCGAGGUUUCUUCUCAGGCAUAGUUUUUAUGAUGGUGAGUUUGUCAAACUGUCACGUUGAAGUUGGGUUUGCAUAUUAGCCUUUUUGUGCCAUAAAUUGUAAAUUUGACUGCUUUUAUUGCAUGGUGAUUGUGUUUGGGACUAUAUGUGAUUAUAGUUUACCUUUUCUCCUUUCUUUUAUUUAUACAAAAGAAUCGAUCAUGAGAUUAUUUGUUGGCAGUGCGCUCCACCUAUAUGGUUUGUAGUGCCAGAUUAAUCUCAUAUUGUUGCCGACCAUUGUGAACUGUGGUAAUGGUGAACAUGCUGUUGGUUUCUGUUAUGGAAAAAUAUGUGGUAUGUCGAAUGAUUUUGGGUUCCACCAUAAUUGGGCUU